AUGACUCUUUCGUUCUGUACGGCGCCAUCUUGCCAGCUUCUCUUCCACUUUUCGGCUAUCGACACCAUCCACUUGCACUUCGGCUAUCGACACCAUCCACUUGCGCUUCGAGACAAAACUAGGAACCCAGUGAGCAUCGCAGACUUCAGGCGAUACUGCUGUACUGGUAAACAUCCCUCAAAAACUCUCGGAACAGUUUCGGACGACACCAUGCAGGACAACGUGCCCACGACAGACAGCACGCCCAAGACGGGCAGCAUGGCCAAGAAGGGCAACGUGACCAAGACGACUUUGUUCACCGGUCCAACGUCGCUCGAUGAGCUGAAGCAAAACCUCACCCCUGCUCAGGCGAUCCAGAUCUGCAUUAGGCCGCAGUCCCUUCCAGAGGCCAAGAGGUGGCUCUGCGAAGAAUACCGCACCUUUGAGAAAAACCUCUUCACGCUCCUGACUUUCGUCCUGGAGGGCGAAUUGCAGACAAAGGAGACCCUCAAGAUCAAGGUGAAGCAGGCCCUGCUGAAGCUAAAGGACAACACCCCGUCGUACGCCGUCCUCUCGCGCCUGCUGGCCGGCAUCCGUGCCCUGCGGUCCGACUUCCCCAAGACGCUCGUCGACCCCGACGACAUGCUGGAGAUGCGGCGCUUCCUGGUGCGCGAGGCCGUCCAGGCCCCGCACGACAGCGACGACAGCGACGACAGCGACGACAGCGACAACGGCGACGACAGCGACGUCGACCACCACGAAAUGUGGGGGCCGUUCAGGCGCUGCGAGGAGGAGGAUGUGGUGACCGAGGCCCUGUUCGCCGGCGGGAACUGGUUCACGUCGUGGGCCCCCGCCAUCGAGGCCCUGGCCCUGGUCGUGGCCCCGACCCCGGAGUGGGAUGGAGAGGGCCGCCGGGCCACGAUCAUGCGCCUCAGCAACGGCGUCCUGCUGUCCUCGGACUUUGUCGUCGCCAGGUCGCGCCAUGUGCGCGAGCUUAGCCAGGGUAGAUACGUCGGCAUGCACUUUGGCAAGCGCUACUAAGGCGGCCAGGCUGCAACAAGGGGGAUGAAGGGGUCGCUUCUCGACUCGCAGCACAUGGGACACUGGCAAGACAACAACAGGAGCAAUCUAGGAAAUAGGAAAACAUGCAUAAAAUUGGAGACCG